AUGGCGAGCUCUUUCACACGCAUGAUCUCCAGAAGCAACACGGCCGUGCUGUUGGCCAGCCUCGGCGCUGGAACCAUGGCCACCGGCUUCCUGUUGAGCGAAAACAGCUCAUUGGCUGCUGAGGCGAGGACGAAGCUCUAUCCGCCCAGCUCCGACUUCCCCGACCUGAGGAAACACAACAACUGCAUGGCCUCGGCUCUGACUCCGGCCAUUUACGCCAAACUGAGGGACAAGGUCACCCCCAACAACUGGACCCUGGACCAGAGCAUCCAGACCGGGGUCGACAACCCGGGACACCCUUUCAUCAAGACCGUCGGCUGUGUGGCUGGUGAUGAGGAGAGCUACGAGGUGUUUGCUGAACUCCUUGACCCCAUCAUCAAAGACAGGCACAACGGCUACGACCCCAAAACCAUGACGCACCCCACCGACCUGGACUCCUCCAAGGUCACCAACGCCGUGUUCGAUGAGAAAUACGUCCUGUCGUCCCGCGUCAGGACCGGCCGUAGCAUCCGAGGGCUGAGCCUCCCCCCCGCCUGUUCGAGGGCCGAGCGCCGCGAGGUGGAGCGGGUGGUGGUGACGGCCCUGGCCGGCCUGAAGGGAGACCUGGCCGGACGCUACUACAGCCUGGGAGACAUGACGGACAAGGAGCAGCAGCAGCUCAUCGACGACCACUUCCUGUUUGACAAGCCCAUCUCUCCGUUGUUGACAUGUGCCUUUAUGGCCAGAGAUUGGCCGGACGCCAGAGGAAUCUGGCACAACAACGAGAAGACCUUCCUGAUCUGGGUGAACGAGGAGGACCACACCAGGGUCAUCUCCAUGGAGAAGGGAGGCAACAUGAAGAGAGUGUUUGAGAGGUUCUGCAACGGACUCAAACAGGUGGAGCACCUGAUCCAGGAGAGAGGCUGGGAGUUCAUGUGGAACGAGCGUCUGGGCUACAUCCUCACAUGUCCCUCCAACCUGGGCACCGGACUCAGGGCGGGGGUGCACGUGCGCCUGCCAAAACUCAGCAAGGACCCACGUUUCUCCAAAAUCCUUGACAACCUGCGGCUGCAGAAGAGAGGUACAGGUGGAGUGGACACGGCCGCCACUGGAGACACCUUCGACAUUUCCAACAACGACCGUCUGGGAAAAUCUGAGGUGGAGCUGGUCCAGAUGUUGGUCGAUGGAGUCAACAACCUGAUUGAGUGUGAGAAGAAGCUGGAGAAGGGACAGGACAUCAAAGUCCCAGCUCCCGUCGCUCAGUUCAGGAAGUAAAAGCUGGACUCAUCGGUGUUAAACCCCUCAGAACCACGUCUGUCCACUGCUGCAGAGGAGGUGGCUUCUUAGUUCCUCCUACAAAGAUCAAACAUCUUUAUGGUGACCUAAUCUUAGACACGAACUACCGUUAGGGGGGAAUUCUACCUCAACUUUAAGGUCUUCACUGUAACCCUGACUUCAA